AUAUUCCACUAUCUAUAUUUUUAUCGUAUUUCCGAUUGUAAACAAAAGUAAAUGGAGGCAAAUAAUCCCAAAAAACGUGAAAAGAUACAGUACUGGUGUUGUGUUCCGAGUUGCAAAUGCAGAUACAAGAGGCUUAACAGUCAGCUCGAGAAAAAUUUGAGCUUUUUCGUCGUCCCCGAUCCUUCAAAGCAGAAAACCAUCUUCUUCAGAAACCUGGCAAAAAAACGUUUGAAGCUAUGGAGGGAAGCAAUCGGUUGCAAAGUUCGACCUGGGGCGCGCAUUUGCGAAUGGCACUUUUUGUACGCCAAGCAAAGAAUCGUUCAAUCAGAAGCAAAAAUGGAUUCCGCGGACGAAAUGGAACCGUUUGUUGUGGAACCGGAUGAAGAGCCCACGGAGGAUGUAACAGAAACAUUUGAAGAAGAGCACCUGGAUGAAGAAAUGUCAAACAUAGAUGCUGAACAACCAGAUAAAGUACCCGAUGCAGCAGUACUCGAAACUGUAUCUGGGCUGGAAGCGGAAAAGGAAUCUGCAGAAGCUACGGAACGUGAAGAACAUACUGAGCUAGAAGUGCGUACGGAACAUACAGAGGAAGUAAAUUCAGAACAUAAUCAGCAAAAUACUGUAGAAGAACAUUUGGACGAUGCUGACAGCACAGUAUGUGAAGAAAUGUUUGAGGAAAUCGAACAGAACGAUGCGAUCGACGUCGACGAUGAAUUGAUUGGAAUCGAUCGAGAGGACAGUGGUGAUAUGUUUCUUGGGAACUUUUGCGGUGAAGUCGAAAUUAAGGAAGAAGAGGUUGAAAUUGAACCAGAAGACGAUCAAAAUCUGCUGGAUGAUGAUCCAAUUAUGGAAAUGCCUGCUCCCAUUAAAGAUGAAGAACUGGAAGACAACGUCGUGGGACCGACAGCUGAAAUUGGCGAGAACGCGAGCCGGAAGAAAAAGAAAGGACGGUCAUCGUCUGAAACGGACACCGCAGACGAAGGAGAAGAGCGCGAAGCGAAUCGAAUUGGUGAACACGCUUACCAUGCACCUCCUUCAGUUGUCAAACAACAACCGAAAAAGCAAAUCGUCAAAAAGAAGCUUCGACCGAUAGCUUCUUUGCCUAAUAUAGCGCAAAAUGUGCGAAACUUCUUGCAUACAAAAAACUCCACGCAUACAUGUCUGGAGUGUCAUGGUCAAUUCUUCUCGAUAGUUGAAUACCUUAAACACCGCAAAAGGCACCCUAAGGUGGGAAAUCUUCCCUAUCAGUGCCGGUACUGCCCAUCUCGUUUUCGGCUCUACCGUGAUAUGUUGCCCCAUUUGCUAACACACUCUAAACUGGAGAAGUUUUCCUGUCCCAUGUGCCCGGCACAAGUGUAUUCGGCUCACAAACUGGUCAGCCAUCUGCAAGUGCACCGAACGAGUCCAAAGGAAAACUACUAUUUCAAAUGUGUGACGUGCUCGGUUCGAUUCUCCAAAUGCAAACAGUUGGAGGAACACAACUUGAUUUCUCAUCCCAAGUUCGUCAACGGAGUUCAGGUGCAGCCAACAAACAGGGCAAACAUAGAGCAGAGGAAUGCCACGCGAACGGUGCACGUUUGCUUUCACUGCGGGAAAGUGGAAGGUACGUGGCCGGAAUUAUUGAUCCACAUGCGUGUUCACAAAGGCCCAUUAGCAUGCACAAUUUGCCUGGUAUCAUUGAAAACCAGUGAUGCCUUUGCCGAGCACGUCGUGAAAGUCCACAAAGACAUGGGUGAAUUGUCUUACCAUCAAUGCAGAAACCCCGCAUGUCCGAGGGAGUUUAUAUCUUUGAAAGACUUGAAAAAGCACGAAACCACCUGUUUGCCCAUGGGCGGUGAAUACCGCUGUGAAAUAUGCGAUCAGCUGUACCGAGAGGUGGACCAUUUCGUCACCCACAUGGAGCUGCACUCGAUGCUGUCGAAUGAACUCGGCCACAAGAUGUGCUCUCACUGUAUUUUCCCCACCACGGAUCCGGCUUCGUAUGCAGCACAUUUAGUCAAUCAUCAUGGUUAUCGGGAUCGAGUGGAAACCCUGGAAGCCAUUUACGCAGACCAACUAAGACAGGGAGAGGGAGAUGAGAACUCGGAAGAACUGAGUGAUGAAGAUGAUGUUGAUACUGAUUACGAUGUAGAGAUACCGAGUACAGCUGAACGGGAAAGGAUGGAUCAUCACAUAGCCGAUGAUCUUAUUCUGGAGUGUGAAUAGAAAUGUUAUAAUAUUC